AUGUCGUUCUCUUCCGAAAAAGGCAGCAGCCGCCGCGGCUCCAUCUCGCUUGCCAGUAAGCGUCGAGGCUCUGGUACCGAGAAGCUCGAAACUCAUAUCGCCUCAUGGCACACCAGUUCCCACAAGCACGAGGAAAACCCACAUGCGCACGAGGAACAGCUCAAGCAGACCUACGAGCGUUUCGAGAAGCUCUUCACCAUCACGCCUCAGCGUCUGCGCAUGAUCACCGAUCGUUUCGUCGGAGUCCUUGAGGAGGGUCUUCAGAAGGAUGGUCAGACCGUGCCCAUGCUCCCUGCCUAUGUCUUUGGCUGGCCCACCGGUGACGAGGUCGGCUCUUACCUCGCUCUUGACCUCGGUGGCACCAACUUGCGUGUCUGCCACGUUGUUCUCAAGGGCGCCGGAAAGUUCGAGAUUACACAGUCCAAAUUCCGUCUCACAGAGGAGCAGAAGCAGACCGAAGGUCAGGAACUCUUUGACUUUUGUGCCGACUGCUUGGCCACUUUCAUCAAGGACCACUUUGGCGACCAAAACGGCGACGUCAUCCUUGAAGAGGAGCUUGCGCUCGGAUUCACCUUCAGCUACCCGAUGGAGCAGGACAAAAUCGAUCAUGGCAAGCUCGUCCGAUGGACCAAAGGCUUCGGCAACCCCAACACCGAAGGCCGCGACUGCGCUGCCAUGUUCCGCAAAUCGCUUGACAAGUUCAAUUUGCCUGUCAAGAUGGUCUCGAUCAUCAACGAUACCACCGGAACGCUCAUCGCCUCUAACUAUGUCAACCGCGAAACCAGGAUCGCCUGCAUCUUUGGUACCGGCUGUAACGCCGCCUACAUGGAGCACAUGAAGGACAUUCCCAAGAUCAAGCACCUCGGCCUCCCCGAGGAAGAGGACAUGGCCAUCAACUGCGAGUACGGCGCCUUUGACUCGUUUCAGCACGAGCACAUGGCCGAGAUCCGAACCAAGUACGACGAACACAUUGACCUUCACUCGAACAAGCCACACGAGCAGUCGUAUGAAAAGAUGAUCGCCGGUCUCUACCUGGGCGAGAUUUUCCGACUGUGCAUCUGCGACCUGAUCGACGAGGGUACGCUCUUCUUGGGCCAGAACACGUACAAGCUGGAAAAGACCAACGCCUUCGACACGGCCUUCCUGUCGUUGAUUGAAUCCGACCCUACGGACGAGCUUUUGACUGUGACCGGUCUGUUUACACACUUCUUUGGUAUCGACACUACGAUCGAGGAGAGGCAAUUCUUCCGCAAGCUGGCCAAACUCAUCGGUACACGAUCGGCGCGUCUGAGCUCGUGCGGUAUCGCUGCGCUGGUAACCAAGAUGGGUUACCUGGACAAGGGAUGCGGUGUGGGUGCCGACGGUUCGCUCUACUCUAAAUAUCCUGGAUUCGCCGACCGCUUGCACCAGGCGCUCGAGGAUAUCUUUGGCGAAAAGGGGCGCAACAUUCGCACCUACCAGGCUGAAGACGGUUCGGGUGUAGGAUCGGCCAUCAUUGCUGCCAUGACCAAGGCACGCAAGGAGGAGGGCAAGUACGCCGAUGUGUAA